AUGGCGGCUUCGUCCUCGUCGUCUGGCCCGGGUGGGUCCCCGGCCCACGCGCCUCCGGGCGGCGGCGGCGGCAGCGGCGGGGGGCCGUAUCACCACCGGUCGCGGUUCGGCGACACGACGUUGACAAAGGUGUUCGUGGGCGGGUUGGCGUGGGAGACGCCGUCCGAGGGGCUGCGCCAGCACUUCGAAGUUUACGGCGAGAUACUCGAGGCGGUCGUCAUCACCGAUCGUGAGACCGGCCGCUCGAAGGGCUACGGUUUCGUGAUUUUCCGGGAGCCGGAUGCGGCGGCGCGGGCGGUGCAGAACCCGAACCCGGUGAUCGCCGGCCGGCGCGCCAACUGCAACAUUGCGGCGUUCGGCCCGCCGCGGGCCGCGCAGCAGCCGAGAGGAGGUAGAGGAGGAGGAGGUGCCGGCCGCGGGCCGCACGUGCCGGAUCAGCCGCCGCAGUGGUCGCUCUACACGAUGCCGUCGCAGAUGACCCCGCCUCAGGCCGCCACGGUGUUCUACAAUUCCCAGUACGGGUACUGGUACCCACCUGAUUAUCCAUACCAACAGGCAUUGUACAAUUCUCAAGUGCUACAACAUUACUACCCUCAGAUGUAUGGUCCAGCCUCUCCUUCAGGACCACCCUACCAAUACAUGGGGUAUUUGCCUGGUGGCCCAAGUCCAAGGACUGGAUUCUCGCCGAUGCAGCAACCCAUGCGACCACCGUUCUUUCAACAGCCAACGGCACAGAUGGAUGGUUCUUUCCCACCAGGGCCGUCGCUUCCGCCUAAUUUCAGACUCCAGCUGCCCCCUCAUGCAGUCUCAAGGGAAUCUGAUGAUGCAUCUG